AUGUCCACGCCGGCCCAGGUGGACGUCCAGAUCAAGGCGAUCUACGGCCAGAUAGAUGCGGGAUUCGCGGACAAGAAAAAACUGGAGGGCGACCCCGCGGAGGCGACCGCGUUCGUCAAGACCCUCACCAAGAAGAUGGCCGAGUCGAAGUCCCUCAUUAAGGAGUACGAGCGCGUGAGCCAGGAGGACCCUUCCGUCGACCCCGAGCACACGGCGCAGCGCAAGCGCGAGAUGGUCAAGCAGCUGAACGAUUACGUCCAGCGGAAGAAGGCGGCGCAGGCGGACAUCGCCGCGAGGCAGGAGCAGCUGGAAGCCGCGGCGGGCGCGUCGCCAGCGCCGGGUGCCAAGAAAAAAGGGGAUCCCAAGCCGGACCCAUUCGCCGCCGCGAGGGACGCGGCGGAACGGGAGAAGCAGAACCCUUUCUCGUCGUCGGGCGCGGCGUCGACGUCGUCGGAGCCGGCGGUGGCCGGGGCGGCGGACGCCGGCGCGGGCGGGGGGUCCAAGUUUUCGAAGUUUUCGAAGGGUUCCAAGGGUGGCGCGGCGGCGGCGGCGGCGCAGUCGGAGAUUGUCGCACCCGGCGAGAUCGAGCUGCAGGGGAUGCAGACGGAGGAGCUCCUGGUGUACGGCCGGGAUAAGAUCAAGGACACCGAUGCCAUCAUCGACCGUAGCAAGGCGACCGUCGCGAGGACCAUCGAGCUGGGCACGCAGACCGCUGAACAGCUUCGGAAUCAGACGCAGCAGAUGGAAAAGGUGGUGGACGACCUCGACGAGAUUCACUUCUCCUUGAAGAAGAGCAUGAAGGUCAUCAAGGACCUGACGCGGGGUUUGGCGACGGAUAAGUGCAUCCUCACCUUACUCUUCAUCGUCGUCAUGGGCGUCGUGGCGAUCAUCGCGGUGAAGAUGGCGGGUCUGGACAAGGACGACGAGGUUGCGAAAGUCAGGCGGUUGUACUCCAGGAGGCUGCUGCUGGAACCCGAAGACGUCUUCCACCGCGAGACGGCGCACGAGCCGUGGCGGGGUACGACGCAUCGUCAUCGUCAUUAG